GUAACGCCAUCGCAUCCUCAGAGGGUUGGUGAAUGUGGAAUCGGUUCUAACGAGAUGCCAUCUUGUAGCUACAUGCUGAAAUACGGUCUGUGGACUGGCUUCAACGUGACCCAGGCCGCUCUCCUGUCACCUCUGAUGUUCCUGUCUCCCGCUCUCCUUGCUCGUGCUGGUCUCUACACGGUGGGAAUGAUGGGCUCGAUCGCGUUUGUCGGUGCCACGGCCAAGCAGGAGAAGUACCUGUACUUGGGCGGUCCUCUGCUGGCCGGUGUCACUCUCGUCGCCCUCUCCGGCCUCGCUCCUCUGGUCCUUCCUGCGACCGCUGCGCGCACCCUGAUGUGGUCUGAGCGGAUCUGGCUGUACGGCGGUCUCGCCGUGUUCGGCGGCUUCACCCUGUAUGAUGUGCAGCGGAUCCUGCACCACGCCCGUCUCGCCCAGAGGGGCAUUAUCAAGAAGGACCCGGUGAAUGAGAGCAUCAGCCUGGAACUCGACUUCAUCAACAUCUUCGUCCGGAUGGUCCAGAUCCUGGGAAUGCAGCGUCAGAACCGGAGAUAA